GCCCUCCGGAGCUGCCGGAGCAGGCGCAAUUAGGAGUAGAGGGCGUGCUUGUGUGAUUACAGUCAACUUUACCUUUAACAGAUUUGGUUGUUUGGACUCUAGCUCAGGUUCUUUUACCCCUGCCUUGUUGGAAGUCACUUUGCCUAGAGUAGAAGUUGUUUGCGGGAAAAAUUUGCUCCUCCCAUUAAGUAACCACUUUGCUCUCUGAGGCGGAACGUGUCAUUGAGGCAGCAAGUCCUGACAGAUAUGGAAAAAAAAUGGCACAUUGUAGAGAAUAUCUACACUCCGCCAACUCAGUCACAACGCAAAAAUUACACAAAAAUAAAACGUUCCCUUGUUACAUACUAUGUGCUUCAUAAAACAUACAAGUAGUUUUAUUUUCCUAUAUCAGUGAGAACAGCACUUCUGUCUAUUAACAAGGACCUAUACUAAGACGCAGCGCGUGCGCUAGCCAUCUGGCGCUGUAAAGCACUUAGAGGCCGGAAUAACGACGUGCCUUACGCUUUGCGGCUGUCGUGGGAGAGGCAUCUGGGUUCGGACUGGGGCCGCCAUGGGGAAGGUGAAUGUGGCCAAGUUGCGUUACAUGAGCCGAGAUGACUUCAGGGUCUUGACCGCGGUUGAAAUGGGCAUGAAGAACCAUGAAAUUGUUCCCGGCAGUUUGAUUGCUUCUAUAGCCAGCCUUAAACAUGGUGGCUGUAAUAAAGUUUUAAGAGAAUUAGUGAAACAUAAACUCAUAGCUUGGGAGCGUACCAAAACUGUCCAGGGCUAUCGGUUGACAAAUGCAGGAUAUGAUUACCUAGCUUUGAAAACACUUUCUUCUAGGCAAGUAGUUGAGUCUGUUGGAAACCAGAUGGGUGUUGGCAAAGAAUCAGAUAUUUACAUUGUUGCAAAUGAAGAAGGACAACAAUUUGCAUUAAAGCUUCACAGACUAGGAAGAACCUCGUUUCGAAAUUUGAAAAACAAACGCGAUUAUCAUAAACAUAGGCACAAUGUGUCUUGGCUUUAUUUAUCUCGUCUCUCUGCCAUGAAGGAAUUUGCCUAUAUGAAGGCAUUGUAUGAGAGGAAAUUUCCAGUUCCAAAGCCAAUUGAUUACAAUCGUCAUGCAGUGGUCAUGGAACUCAUAAAUGGUUAUCCACUAUGUCAGAUACACCAUGUUGAAGAUCCUGCGUCAGUAUAUGAUGAAGCUAUGGAACUAAUUGUCAAACUUGCAAAUCAUGGGCUGAUUCAUGGAGAUUUUAAUGAAUUUAAUCUCAUUUUGGAUGAAAGUGACCAUAUCACCAUGAUUGAUUUUCCACAGAUGGUUUCAACUUCUCAUCCCAAUGCUGAGUGGUAUUUUGACAGAGAUGUUAAAUGCAUUAAAGAUUUCUUCAUGAAACGUUUCAGCUACGAAAGUGAGCUUUUUCCAACUUUUAAGGAUAUCAGGAGAGAAGACACUCUUGAUGUGGAGGUUUCUGCCAGUGGCUACACAAAGGAAAUGCAGGCAGAUGAUGAACUGCUUCAUCCAUUAGGUCCAGAUGAUAAAAAUAUUGAAACAAAAGAGGAAUCUGAAUUCUCAUUUUCAGAUGGAGAAGUGGCAGAAAAAGCAGAGGUUUACAGGUCAGAAAAUGAAAGUGAACGGAACUGUCUAGAAGAAUCAGAGGGCUGCUAUUGCAGAUCAUCUGGAGACCCUGAACAAAUAAAGGAAGACAGUUUAUCAGAAGAGAGUGCUGAUGCACGGAGUUUUGAAAUGACUGAAUUCAAUCAACCUUUAGAAGAAAUAAAAGGGCAGGUUGUUGAAAACAACUCUGUAACUGAAUUUUCUGAGGAGAAAAACAGAACUGAAAAUUACAACAGGCAAGAUGGUCAGAGAGUUCAAGGAGGAGUCCCUGCUGGCUCUGACGAGUAUGAAGAUGAAUGCCCUCAACUAAUUGCCUUGUCGUCAUUAAAUAGAGAAUUCAGGCCUUUCAGAGAUGAAGAAAAUGUGGGAGCUAUGAAUCAGUAUAGAACAAGAACUCUGAGUAUCACUUCUUCAGGCAGUGCUGUAAGCUGUUCAACAAUUCCUCCAGAACUGGUGAAACAGAAGGUGAAACGUCAGUUGACAAAACAGCAAAAAUCAGCUGUCAGACGUCGAUUGCAGAAAGGAGAAGCAAAUAUAUUUACCAAGCAACGUAGGGAAAACAUGCAAAAUAUCAAAUCAAGUUUGGAAGCAGCUAGCUUUUGGGGAGAAUAAUAUAUUUAGGAUCUUGGAUAUGUUUAAUAUAUUUUUUAAAGUUACUGUAAUUCCUUUUUGAGCCCUCAUUUGUCUUUUUUGAGCCAAGGCUAUCAUAUAUUAAUAAAUAAACCCUCUUUCAUCUAUAAAUUUGGUCAUUCAGUAUGUGUCUUGCAAAGAAUAAUUACCUGCCAAAGCAGUCCAUUUUUUUCAAAGUAAUUUGGGUAACUACAGUUACGUAACUUUAUUAGAGACAUUUGCAUAUUUUUAAAAAUCUAAAUAACAUUUUUGUUGUUUUCUGUUUGUUGAGGAUUAUAUGCUACAAUGCACAUAAAGCAAUUAGAACAAUGUUUAGCACAUUGUUAAGCAUUCAAUAAAACAUGGCUAUUAGAAUCAUAAUGAUUCUGAAAUUCUGCUGACAAUUUGGUUGCAUUUUAUUUGGCAACUGGAGGACUUCACUGUCUUAUUUUUCUUUAGAAGUAAAGAUAAGCCUUUGGAAGUAAAGAUAAGCCAGUAAUGCAUAAUUUGCUUAAUUAAUUGAUUAAUAAUCUGUUUUGUGCCACUUACAUUGGUAAUGUGGUCAUGAGAAUGGAAACUUACUUGAGAUAGUCUACCACAAUUUUUACAGUUGGCAGCUUGUAAGCAGGCCUGAGUAGCAGAAGAGUUAGGGAUUGGGGAAGGUGGAGUAGAAUGAGGAAUGAAAUGUUCUUUCUCAUAUGCUUAUUAUAUAAGUGGGUCCGGAACAUGUUCUCACCUCAAUGUUAACCAAUACCUAAUGCAGGAAAGAAAAUACAUAGCCAUGGUCCCUUCCUCAAGGACUUUAUAAUUCAGUGAGAUGUAAAGAUGAGUGCUUAAGUGUAUGCCCCUGAUUAUUGUCUCUUCAUUGUCGCAUAAGUCGGAAAAGGGGAUCACUUGCAGCGAAAAAUGGCCACUAGAUGGCAAUAUCGCCCCAUAGUCACCAAACAGGAUUACUUGCAUCCCUAAUUAUGUUCUACCAGAGGAAAUAUAGUACAGACUUUUCCAAGAUUGAUAAAGACAGCAGAUUCCCUUUCACCUUUGCCAAAUUAACUCUACUAGCUAUUUGCAAGACCUGUCGUUAUCUAAUAAAUUGGUUUAAAUAUAUAGAAGCUAGAAAAUGCCAAUUCUUGUUCCCUCAAAAGUUACCUGACAUUCAAAUAUUUAAAUACCCUUGCUUUGCAUUUUAGAUAUAUCUUUGAAUUCAGAUAUUCAUUUUGUAUAAUCUCUCAACUUUUAAGCAUUUUUUAUAAUGUAAAGUUGAAAACAGCUUAAUAGAACCACAGAAUGUUUAUUUUGGAGUCAUUUUCUUAUAUUCAGAGCUAUGAAAGCAAAUUGGGAAUAAAGCCUUAUCCUGCUCAGCUUUACCUAGUUGACUCAGUUGACUUUUGAGUAUCUAUUACAUAAAAAGCCCAUUACUAUUAAGAAACUCAAGACAAACAUGAUUUUUACCUUUAAUAGCCUAAGAUUUCUUGUGGGCUAAGGAAUUAAUUAUUCCAAUCAGAAAUGGAGGCCUUACCUCAUUUGGGCAAAGAUUAGUGCUAGUUAUUGAAGAUUUACUAAUAAAUGAUCUGUUAAGGAAUUUAGUUUUUUUUUGGAUAUGUUGUUUUGGUUGUUGAAAACUAAGCUAUAAUUAUAAUAGUUAUUUUUUGAAGAUAUGUUUGGCUAGCCAUCAAUUAGAAGUUAGAGAGUUUGUCCUAACAGAUAAGCUAUAACCCUCACAUUUUAAAACAUGCAUAGUGAACAAUGAACAAAAACAAAUUCAAAAUUUUACUAAUGUAAAGCUGUAUAUAUUGUGAUUGUUAAAACACUUUUUUUGCCUAAGAGUUCCAGAUUUAAAUCCUGGUUCUACACUUCCCAAACCUCAGGUACCUUCUGUGGCCUCUCUAACCUCAAUUUUUUUACUUGUAAAAUGGGGACAUUUAAUAGUAUCUACUUCAGUGUCGUGAAGACUAAAUGAAGUACCACUUGUAAAGAGUUUAUUACAGUGCCUGACAUAUACUGUAUGGUUAGUACUGCUAAAAUGACUUCUUAAGGUUACCAAAAGGAAAAUUCCACAAGCUGACCACCUUUCCUAUUGUGAUGGUCACUGGUAUUUCAGCUAUGAUCCUUUGUUGUGUAUUUAUCCAGACUGAAAGAUGUUUUUCUAGUAACCAUCUUGCAUAGUCUUAGUCUCCCCAUUAAAUAAACUUUUCCUACAAACUA